CAUUCUGUCAAAAUCCACUUCCAGCUAAACCGACCAAACGCACCGAGCUGAGGACGGUCGGGAGGAGCGCUCCUCCUCCUCCUCCUCCUCCUCCUCCUCACAGCUGAAGAUGGCGGACCCGGCCGAGUGCACCAUCAAAGUCAUGUGCCGUUUUCGGCCUUUAAACAGUUCGGAGGUGACGAGGGGAGACAAAUACAUCCCCAAAUUUCAAGCAGACGAUAAUGUGGUCAUCGGGGGAAAGCCGUAUGUGUUUGAUCGGGUGUUUCAGUCUAACACUUCUCAGGAGCAGGUUUACAACGCUUGUGCUCAGAAGAUUGUUAAAGAUGUGCUUGAGGGUUAUAACGGUACAAUAUUUGCUUAUGGGCAAACCUCCUCUGGAAAAACACACACCAUGGAGGGGAACCUGCAUGAUCAAGAUGGCAUGGGCAUUAUUCCGCGGAUCGUCCAGGAUAUAUUCAACUACAUUUACUCUAUGGAUGAAAACCUGGAAUUCCAUAUCAAGGUCUCCUAUUUUGAGAUUUACCUGGACAAGAUCAGGGAUUUGCUGGAUGUAUCUAAGACCAACCUGUCUGUUCAUGAAGACAAGAACAGAGUUCCUUACGUAAAGGGUUGUACUGAACGGUUUGUGUGUAGCCCAGACGAAGUGAUGGACACCAUUGACGAAGGCAAAUCCAACAGACAUGUGGCUGUCACAAACAUGAACGAGCACAGCUCCAGGAGUCACAGUAUCUUCCUGAUAAACGUCAAGCAAGAGAACACACAGACGGAGCAGAAACUGAGCGGGAAACUUUACCUGGUGGAUUUAGCAGGAAGCGAGAAGGUCAGUAAAACUGGAGCAGAGGGUGCUGUGUUGGAUGAAGCCAAAAACAUUAACAAAUCUCUUUCCGCUCUGGGCAACGUCAUCUCUGCUCUUGCAGAAGGAACGACGUACAUUCCCUACAGAGACAGUAAGAUGACGAGGAUCUUGCAGGAUUCUCUGGGUGGAAACUGCAGGACCACUAUAGUGAUCUGCUGCUCUCCAUCCUCCUACAACGAGGCAGAGACCAAAACUACGCUCAUGUUCGGACAGAGAGCAAAGACCAUCAAGAACACAGUGUGUGUGAACGUGGAGCUGACAGCCGAGCAGUGGAAGAAGAAAUACGAGAAGGAGAAAGAGAAGAACAAAACACUAAAGAACACCAUCACCUGGCUGGAGAACGAGCUCAACCGCUGGAGGAACGGUGAGAGUGUUCCCAUUGAGGAGCAGUACGAUAAGGAGAAGGCAAACGCUGAUGUUCUGGCCCUGGAUAAUGUGAUGAAUAAUGAUAAAAUCACCUCGUCUCCCAGCAUGCCUGGCCCUAAAUUCACUGACGCUGAGCGUGAGAAGUGUGAGGCUGAAUUGGCCAAACUCUACAAACAGCUUGAUGACAAGGAUGAUGAGAUAAAUCAGCAGUCUCAGCUGGCUGAGAAACUCAAGCAGCAGAUGUUGGAUCAGGAAGAGCUGCUGGUCUCAACGCGAAGGGACCAUGACAACCUGCAGGCGGAGCUCACCCGUCUUCAGAUGGAGAACGAGGCGUCUAAAGAGGAGGUGAAGGAGGUGCUGCAGGCCCUGGAGGAGCUUGCAGUUAACUAUGAUCAGAAGAGUCAGGAGGUUGAGGACAAGUCCAAGGAGUUUGAAGCCCUAAAUGAAGAGCUCAACCAGAAAUCUAGCGUUCUUGCAUCUAUCGACUCUGAGCUGCAGAAACUGAAGGAAAUGACCAACCAUCAGAAGAAGAGAGUCACUGAGAUGAUGUCAUCACUGCUUAAAGACCUGGCAGAGAUUGGCAUCGCCGUAGGCAGCAAUGACAUUAAGCAUGAGGGUGGAGGUCUCAUUGAUGAAGAGUUCACAGUGGCUCGUCUGUACAUCAGUAAGAUGAAGUCGGAGGUGAAGACUCUGGUGAAACGCAGCAAACAGCUGGAAAGCGCUCAGACUGAGAGCAACAAGAAGAUGGAUGAGAACGAGAAAGAGCUCGCAGCCUGUCAGCUCCGUAUCUCUCAGUAUGAAGCAAAGAUCAAGUCCCUGACAGAGUAUCUGCAAAACAUUGAACAGAAGAAGAGACAGCUAGAGGAGAACGUCGACUCUCUCAAUGAGGAACUGGUCAAACUCAGCGCACAGGAGAAAGUUCAUGCCAUGGAGAAGGAGGAUGAGAUACAAAGUGCUAAUGAAGUCAAGGUUGCAGUUGAGCAGCAGAUUCAGAACCACAGAGAAGCUCAUCAGAAACAGCUGAGCAGCCUGAGAGACGAGCUGGAGACCAAGGAGAAACUCAUCACUGAGCUGCAGGAUCAGAACCAGAAGAUCAUGUUGGAGCAAGAGCGCUUGAAGGUGGAGCAUGAGAAACUCAAAGCCACUGACCAGGAGAAGAGCCGCAAACUGCACGAGCUCACGGUGAUGCAGGACAGAAGGGAACAGGCCAGACAGGAUCUCAAAGGCCUGGAGGAGACCGUGGCCAAAGAGCUGCAGACUCUUCAUAACCUGAGGAAACUCUUUGUUCAGGAUCUGGCCACACGGGUGAAGAAGAGCGCAGAGAUGGACUCAGAUGACACCGGCGGCAGUGCGGCGCAAAAACAGAAGAUCUCAUUCCUUGAGAACAACCUUGAGCAGCUCACUAAAGUGCACAAGCAGCUGGUGCGUGAUAACGCUGACCUGCGCUGUGAGCUGCCCAAGCUGGAGAAGCGCUUGCGGGCGACAGCGGAGCGCGUAAAGGCUCUGGAGUCUGCGCUCAAAGAGGCCAAAGAGAACGCAGCCCGUGACCGCAAACGCUACCAACAGGAGGUGGACCGCAUCAAAGAGGCCGUCAGAGCCAAGAACAUGGCCCGCAGAGGACACUCCGCACAGAUCGCCAAGCCAAUCAGACCCGGUCAGCCCCCUGUCGCCUCUCCCACCCACCCCAAUGUCAACCGCUUAGGGGCGGGGCUCUUCCAGAACAACCAAUCAGUGGGCAUCCGUGGUGGAGGCGUAGUCAAACAGUAAAAUAACUGUCGAAUGCUGAAUUUAAGCCCAGUAACCCCAGCUGAAGCUGAUAUCACCCCAAAAAGCUGAACAGGCAUU